UAACUGCUGGGUACUGCCAUGGCUGCGCUUUGACGUCAGGGAAGUACUCCAUCCCCUCAGUGACCCUCUGCAUAUCUGUCAUUCCUGCUUGGGACAGAAGACAGGACGGUUGCAAGAUGUCUGGAGGAAUCUUCUGCCCUUUGGAAAACUUAUAUGAUCCGGACAGUGCCAAUUGCCACCCCUUGGUGUGCCACUUGUGCCAUGAGCAAUACGAACACCCCUGUCUUCUUGACUGUUACCACACCUUCUGUGCCAGCUGUCUGCGAGGCAGGGCUGUGGAGGGACGCCUCAGUUGUCCUCUCUGUGGGCAACAGUCCAGUGUAAAAGGCUUUACUGCUUUGCCUCCGGAGGACCGUCUUUUGAAGUUCCUGGUGGAUAACUCUACGGAUUGUGAGGAGACUGUUCAGUGUUCCAACUGUGACCUGGAGUGCAAAAAACAGGAUGUGGAUACCAUGUAUUAUUGCAACACUUGUAGCCAACCGCUAUGUGGAGAAUGUAAGGAAAGCACCCACAAAGCCAAGAUGUUCUCCCGUCAUGAGAUUGUAUCCCUGGCCAAGCGCACAAAGGAGGCCCACAAAAAGUGCUCCCUCCAUGAGGAACUGUACAUUAUGUUUUCCACAGAGAAGAAGUCAAUGUUAUGCAUCAACUGUUUCAGAGACAUGCAAGUGGAAAGCAGGGCACACUGCAUUGAUAUUGAAACAGCAUAUAUGCAAGGCUGUGAAAAACUGGACCAGGCCGUCCUAGCGGUGAAGGAACUGCAAACCUCAGCCAGGGAGGCCAUUGUUCUGCUCAAGGCAAUGAUAGGAGAGGUCCGUGCCAAUGUGGAAGAGGAGGAAAAUGCCAUAAGUACUCUUUUUAACAACAUGCAGGAAAAAUUGGCAGAGAGAAAGAAAAUCCUCCUGAAAGCAGCACAAAGUCAGCAUGAGGAGAAAGAAAGAGCUUUUAAAGAACAGCUGUCUCACUUGGCGGCCCUACUACCUACUCUACAGGUUCAUCUAGUCACUUGUUCUGCAUUCCUAAGUUCAGCCAACAAGUUUGAGUUUCUAGACAUGGGUUAUCAACUUAUGGAACGUCUCAAAAAGAUUGUAAAGCUGCCACACAGACUGAGACCUGCACAAAGUAGCAAGAUAAACACAGAGUAUCGGUCAGAGUUUGCCCGCUGCCUGGAGUCUCUGUUGCUAUUAGGCCAAAGACGCUCUGUGUCAAUGACUGGUGGUGUGUCUGGUUUGGGGUUAAGCAAUGCCAGUGGUCUCCUGCAAUCUUCCCUGUCUGUGGCCUGCCACUCCCCUGCCAUCAGUGACAUGUCCCUGGGAUCCUCAGCAGUAAGGAAGCCUACCGCCCAUCGCUACAUCAGCACCAAGGUUCUCCUGUCUGAGGGCGGGGACACUCCCUUUACCGAUCACUGUUGCAACUAUGAGAACAGCUACAAGAGGCUACAGACUGUGAUCCAACAGCUGAAGGACCAGGUACAGGAAACCCACAGAGAUCUGACCAAGCACCACUCACUUAUCAGGAAAGACACCAUGGCUGAGAUCCUGGACCACUCUCUACAGAUGGACAGACAGAUCUCUGCUGAGUACUCCUCUGUGGAACUCAUGAGGGCCAUAUUUGAGGAGAUCUGGGAAGAAACAUAUCAGAGGGUUGUGAAUGAACAGGAAAUAUAUGAAGCUCAACUUCACGAUCUGAUGCAACUAAAGCAGGAGAACAGUUACCUGACCACUAUUGCUAAGCAAAUUGGCCCAUACAUCAGUUCAAUUGCCAAGGUGAAGGAACGACUGGAACCAAGACUAAAGGGUCCUAAGGAGCUAAAAGAUGACCGCACAGAGGCCAUGCUGAAGAUCUAUGAGGACAGUACGAUGGCCACAAUGGCCACUGAUAUACAACACAAUAGAAAUGACUUCUCCAACAGGAAUGACCUCUCCUUUGUCACUGAUGAUAACUGCAUUAUCAGCAACCCAUCAGAUGAGGCCUUUUUUAAGAACAAGGAUUUCUAUUGUUCAGGGAAGCAGAACACUAUGGAGACUGCCAGUUGGAUAGAGAUGCCCUUCUAGCACAGCAGAACCAUGCAACUAGAUAGCUGCACAUAACAAUUUGUCAAAAUUACCUUUCAUGUAAUAUGGUGUCAGAGUAUUAGCCUAAUUUACGGUAACACUUCUCCUUACGUAAGCAUGAAUUAUGUAACUAAAUAAAUAGCAACACCGUACAAUGUUGUAAUAACCUAGAAACUGUUCAAUGAUUUUACUGUUUUACAUUGAUCAAAUAGGAGUAUAGGUUAUUACAAAAGUAGAACAAGAUGUGGGGAAAGGGGACUCCCAUGUGGCAAAUAGACAGCUGAAGCUUGUGUUAAAGUACAAAUAAAGAUCAAUGUUAACUUCCCCAUAAUGGUAUAAUUAUUCCAAAGAACAUUAUAGUUCUUUGGAAUAAACCCAAAGAACUAUAAUGUACCUAAAUUAAAAGACACAGAGAAUGACACUGUAAGGAAUGGUAGGGUAACAGUGACUUAUGAAAUAUAUUGCACUCCACUAAAACACCUUUAUCUUCUAAGAAAUGUUUUAUUUUAAUUUUUUGUGUUUAUUCAUAGAACAGUGUUGCUCAGUACAAGUUUAGUCAUGUGAAUAAAUGCACAGUAACUACUCCAAAACAGACACUAUUAGUAAUCUGCAGGUACAAUUCUCAUUUAUCUGAAAUAAACUUUAUGCUGUAGCACUGCAAAACCACAGCCAUUAUUUUAGGUGCACCAUGCUUGGCGCAGCUAACCGUUAUAUCAGAAGCCAACUAGAUGUGCUUUUAUAUU